AUGACCUCUCUUCUCGCUCCGCAUUCCGCCGUCCCAGCCGCCGUAGGUUGCGCUGCUGCACACAGAACGGCUGUCCGAUCCGCAUCAGGAGCUUCCCAACCGCUCUCUGGUCACAAGCUCGUUACCGCCUGCUGUCGCCCAGGCGCUUCUCCCCAGCCCGUCCAUCCCAUGCCCGGACUGCAGCGGCCAGGGCUGGCGGCAGUGCGAGGCUGUUCUCUCCAGCUCCACUAUUCCAUGCCCGGACUGCAGCGGCCAGGGCUGGCUGCAGUGCGAGGUGUGCCAGGGGGAGCGGGUCAACGUGAAGGUCAACAAACGCCUCUUCCGCCGCUGCCCUGGCUGCUACGCCCUGGGGAUGACGCUCUGCCAGAAGUGCUGACGGAAGAACGAAAAGCUUGGCGGAAGAACCAUCCGCACGGAUUUGUCGCCAGACCAGAGGCAAAAGAUGACGGCUCGACAGACAUGAUGACAUGGAAAUGCGUAAUACCUGGAAAGAAGGACACUGACUGGGAAGGUGGUCAUUAUCCGCUGACGAUACACUUUACGGAAGACUACCCAUCGAAACCGCCAAAGUGCAAGUUCCCUCCAGGCUUCUUUCAUCCCAACGUCUAUCCGUCAGGCACGGUGUGCCUCAGCAUUCUCAACGAAGACUAUGGCUGGAGACCAGCUAUUUCUGUGAAGCAAAUUCUAGUUGGUAUUCAAGAGUUGCUUGACCAGCCAAACCCUGCCGAUCCAGCUCAAACUGAUGCUUACCAGCUCUUCACGCAGGACACGGUGGAGUACAAAAAGAGGGUCAAGGAGCAGGCAAAGCAAUACCCUUCUCUCAUAUGA